UGGAUUUUUUAACACACCGCAAGAAUGGCUUGUUUAGUUGUGUAGCACCUGCCUCUUUGUUCUGAUUCUUUUAUCGUUUUUCUUUCUCGAUGAAUUUAAAAUUCAUACUUUAAGGAUUAGUCCAAAAUGGGAAAGAAACACAAGAAACACCACAAAAGUGAAAAGAGAGAGAGGGACGAAGAGGAAGACUACCAAGAAAAACAGUCUGAAAAACAUGACAAACCCCUAAAGAUGGUGAUCAAGAUAGGAUCCGGUGAAACUGCGGAACAAACCUCUGUGUCAGAGGACAGACCCCAUGAGGAGAAAAAACACAAACAUAAGAAAAAGAAAAAGAAGAAGGAAAAGGACAAAGAUAAGGAGAGGCACAAGCAUCACCACCAUGAACAUAAACGUCACCACGAGAGCCAUAGUGAAACUAAAUACCAAGAAUCAACAAAAGAAACCACAGAGAGUGAGAUCGAUGUUGAGGAUGGCGAACCCCCUGCAAAGCGAGCUCUGUUGCAGUCACAUGACCAGGCAUCUCGUGAAGCAGCAGAGAUGUACGAGAGGAAGCUACGAGAGCCGAGGUCGUGCACACUGAAUAAAUCUGAAGAUCCUCUUAAACCACUUCUGGAAUACUUACAGCGCUUUCUGAUGAGGAAAGACGUCAAUGGAUUCUUUGCCUUCCCUGUCAAUGAUAUCAUAGCCCCAGGGUACUCCAGUAUCAUCUCCCACCCCAUGGAUCUCAGUACCAUGCAGGCCAAAAUAGACAGAGAGGAGUACCAGACUGCUGCAGAGUAUAAGGCAGACUUCAUGUUGAUGCUGGACAAUGCCAUGACCUACAACAGACCAGAUACCAUCUAUUACAAGGCAGCCAAGAAAUUACAAGGGAUGGGGAUGAAAAUGAUGAGUAAGGAGCGUCUCCUGAAUAUGAAACGCACCCUACCCUUUAUGCAGAAUAUCACACUGGAGCAGCUGGGGAUUGAAGACGACCCCGCGGACACGGAGCCCAAAAAACCAAAGAAAGUCCAAGUCAAGUCAAGUGCCAUAGUCCAUGAGGCUACACCUGACAACCUGACCCCCAAGGAGAUCUUGGCCCAGGCCCAGGCUGCCGCCAAGGAUGCUGGGGAUAAGCUCUCACUCAGGAGACCUGAGAGCAAGGUAAGUGUGCACUGA